AAGCAGAUGGGUCAUUCCUCUGUCAUGUCAAACACUUGAUCUUCGAAAUAUGUUGUUUACGUUAAUCAGUGUAUUGAUGCCUGGUUUCUUGAACUGCAGGAUUUAUCUGGUCUGUAUUUCGUGAAUCCGCCCUCUCGUUGAUUAUAUUUGUUUACGAGUUACCACACGUUCGUUUGGGGGUCGAGAUGGAGUAUCUUCUGCAGGUGAAGGUUGGCGCUCUCGUAGGUUUACUACUCCUCACUUUGUUGUGUGGAUUUAUUCCAGCUCGGCUGAAAUGGUUCAGAGAAACCAGUGGAACAGAAAUGCAUCGCAUAAUGCUGAGUCUCAUCAGCUGUUUUGCGGGAGGAGUCUUCCUUGCUGCCUGUCUCCUAGACAUCAUUCCCGACUACCUGUCAGAUAUGAGUGAAGAACUACGGACGCAAGGCCUGGAUGUCAACUUCCCUCUCCCAGAGUUCAUAAUGGCAUGCGGAUUCUUUGCUGUUCUGAUCCUGGAAAAGACUGUUCUCAGUUUUUCUGCACAGAGGAGCGAGGAGUCUGCACCUCUUCUAGUGUCGCCUGGCCACGGGCACGAUCAUGGCACAGUGUACGAUCCGGAGGGCAGCGCACGCCAUGUCCACGUAGACCUCCAUGCCCACUCCUCCUUUCGCUCCUUCAUGCUUUUCCUUUCGCUGUCACUCCAUUCUGUGUUUGAGGGCUUGGCCAUUGGUUUACAGACCACAGAUACAAAGGUGCUGGAGAUCUGCAUCGCCAUCCUAAUCCACAAGAGUAUUAUCGUUUUCAGCCUCUCGGUGAAGCUGGUCCAGAGUCAAGUUAAACCGUUGUGGGUGGUUGGAUACGUUUGUAUUUUUGCAGCAAUGUCACCUCUGGGCAUUGCUGUGGGUAUCUUAGUGACUGAGGCUCAGCUAGAGAGCGGGGUUCUGAUACAGGCAGUACUGGAGGGCCUUGCGGCUGGAACGUUUGUCUACAUUACAUUCCUGGAAAUACUGCCACAUGAACUCAACUCCCCAGAGAGGCAACUGCUCAAGGUUCUCUUCAUUCUGGUAGGUUUCUCUGUUAUGGCAGCCCUUAGCUUCCUGGGCUGAGAGACAGUUCAGAGUGAAGCGUACACCCAUGAUUACGUUAGAGGGCCCCAACGCCAUUUCCUUUUAUCUGCUAACCUCAUGAGACUCAGGGAUGUAUUUCCUAAUUUUUCUGAAAUCUGAGAG